GCAGCUCUUACAGAGAGAAACAUUCACCACCAGCAGAGCACCUUCUAAUUGCUCCUGGAGUGUGGCAGACAAAAGUCUCUGCCGUCUGAGUUACUAGAUCCAGAAAAUAAAAUGACCUUACGAACAUGGGAAGAGAAGUCCAGCUAAGGCCCAAGGCAAAUGUCUCUUCUUACAUCCACUUUUUGCUGGAUUACAGAAACAAGUUCAUGGAGCAGAAGCCAAACACCCACCUUGGCUUUAAAGAGUUCUCUAGAAAGUGUUCGGAGAAAUGGAGGUCUAUCUCAAAGCACGAAAAGGCCAAAUAUGAAGCCCUGGCUAAGCUCGACAAAGCCCGAUACCAGGAGGAGAUGAUGAAUUACCCUGGCAGGAAGAAGAAGAGAAAGCGGGACCCCGGCGCACCCAGACGACCUCCAUCGUCCUUCCUACUCUUCUGCCAAGACCACUACGCCCAGCUCAAGUGGGAGAAUCCAAACUGGUCAGUAGUGCAGGUGGCAAAGGCCUCGGGGAAGAUGUGGUCAGCAAUGACAGCCUACGACAAGCAGCCCUAUGAACAAAGGGCAGCUUUCCUGAGAGCAAAGUACCAAGAGGAACUGGGCAUCUACCGUAAGGCCAGGAAGAAGAGCCUCCAAAGGUCGGCUAAGAACCGGCGCAGACGGUUCAAAGAAACUGUCAGACGCAACUGAUGGAUCCAAUUAGAAAUAAAAUGCCAUUCUCCGGUACUGCCUGUCCCUGGUCUC